GAUUUUGCAUCAUUCUUCCCAGCCUGAGCCUGUUAGUUGUUAAGGAUAAAGAAAUGAAGUAAAACUGGAGACAGCAGAUGGAAAGGAAAUGCUUGCAGACACCCCAGCAUUUAAAAUUGUUUCUCUGGUGCUUAGGAGCGUGUGCCUUUAUUUUGUUUUGUUUUGUUUUGUUUGUCACUUGCCACUUACUUUCUUGCACCUGGUUCUCUGUCAGUAAAUGUUUAUAAGUUGACUAAACUUGUGAAAGGGACACAGGAAUAUUGGCACAGAGAUAAAACGAGUGUCGAUUAAUUCGGCAAGAAGAAGUUUGAAAACAUCAAAUGCUGAGGCCAAAGGAAGAGUGGGAGAGAGUGGGGAGCAGUGGUGGUACAAGCCUGGUAUUCAGGGAAACCUUGAUAUGUGGGUAGGUUUUCCUAGAGAUUGUUAUUGGCAAGAACUGCCAGGCUCACGAGGCAGGUUCUAGUACAGAAGAAGCUGAAAUACACAUGCUGCACACGUGCACAAAAGAUAAUAAAGCCCAGGUAUUAGGUCUUGUGAAAAUGUCUCAGUGAGUGAGUACAGAGUGUUUCCAAUGCAGAGAAAAGCCAGACAUGAAUUAGGAGAUGAUGAGAGAAAGGAGGAAUUGAGGUCAGGGGAAUGGAUUGAAAGGUCUAAGGAUUGAUGCUGUCUGUAACCCAAAUACCAAAGAUAGAAAACAGUCUGGCUCUCCUGCGCCGGGGAGAUCGUGUGUUACUUGAGUAGUUUUACAUACUGUCAUCCUGGGUUUUCAGCCUUCCUCUGUAUGUUCCUAUUGGUGCAGAGGGAGGAGAAGCAGCUUGAGGCAUCAUUAGAUGCACUGCUGAGUCAAGUGGCUGAUCUGAAGAACUCACUGGGGAGUUUCAUUUACAAGUUGGAGAACGAGUAUGACCGGCUGACCUGGCCCUCUGUCCUGGACAGCUUUGCUUUGCUCUCCGGACAGCUGAACACUUUGAACAAGGUCUUGAAGCAUGAAAAGACACCACUGUUCCGUAACCAGGUCAUCAUCCCUCUGGUGCUGUCCCCAGACCGCGAUGAAGAUCUUAUGCGGCAGACUGAAGGACGAGUGCCUGUUUUCAGCCAUGAGGUGGUCCCUGACCAUCUGAGAACCAAGCCCGACCCUGAGGUGGAAGAACAAGAAAAGCAGCUAACCACAGAUGCGGCCCGCAUUGGUGCUGAUGCAGCUCAGAAGCAGAUCCAGAGCUUAAAUAAAAUGUGCUCAAACCUUCUGGAGAAAAUCAGCAAAGAGGAACGGGAAUCGGAGAGUGGAGGUCUCCGGCCAAACAAGCAGACCUUUAACCCUGCAGACACCAAUGCCUUAGUAGCUGCCGUGGCCUUUGGGAAGGGGCUGUCUAACUGGAGACCUUCAGGUAGCAGUGGUCCUGGCCAGCCAGGCCAGCCCGGAGCUGGGACCAUCCUUGCCGGAGCCUCAGGACUGCAGCAGGUGCAGAUGGCAGGAGCUCCAAGCCAGCAGCAGCCGCUGCUCAGUGGCGUACAAAUGGCUCAAGCAGGUCAAACAGGGAAAAUGCCAAGUGGAAUAAAAACCAACAUCAAGUCAGCUUCUAUGCAUCCCUACCAGCGGUGAGUGUGGCCGGCAACCUCCACUCCCCGGAGCCCCUUGCAGAGCUGGGCGGUGAAAUUGCCUUCUUCCCUAAGCUGAACUAGAUGGGUACAAUAAAGAGAACAUGGGCUUUUGGCACCAGACAGAUCCCGGCUCCACCACUGACUGACUGAGUGACCUUGGGCAAGUGACUUAAUUUUUCUCAGCCUGUUUUCUUGUUUGUAAAUGGCAAUGAUACCUACCUCCUAGGGAUGUUGUAAGGAUUAAAAAGAGAAAUGAAUGUAAAAUACUUAGUACAGUCUGUGAAAUGACGGGUAUUCAAUAAAUGAUAGUUUCUACA